AAUUCACGCUCAGAUUCUAAAGAAGGUAGAUUAAGGGUGAAAAAUGUGUUCUCUUGGGCUGCAAUCAUUGGAUUGAAGUGCAGAAUGGGGUUUAGUGAAGAGGCUUUAAUGGGGUUCUGCGAGAUGCAAGAGAAAGGGUUUCUGCCUGAUAAUUUUGUGUUGCCUAAUGCAUUAAAAUCUUCUGGUGCUUUGCAGUGGAUUGGAUUUGGGAGAGGGGUUCAUGGGUGUGUGGUGAAGUUGGGUUUUCAUGACUGUGUCUAUGUAGCAAGUAGUUUGAUAGAUAUGUAUGGGAAAUGUGGGUUUUUGGAGGAUGCAAGGAAGGUUUUUGAUGGAAUGAUGGAGAGAAACGUUAUAGCGUGGAAUUCCAUGAUAGCAAGCUAUAUGCAAAAUGGGAUGAAUGAGGAAGCACUUGAGGUGUUCUAUGAUAUGCUAGUGGAAGGCAUUGAGCCAACGCAAGUGUCUAUAUCUAGCUUCUUAUCAGCUUCGGCCAAUUUAGGUGCAAUCGAAGAGGGAAAGCAAGGGCAUGCCGUUUCCAUUUUAGGUGGAUUAGAGAUUAAUAAUAUUUUAGGUAGUUCUAUUAUAAAUUUUUAUUCAAAGGUUGGUUUGAUUGAGGAUGCAGAACUGGUUUUCAAUAGAGUGCUUGAAAGAGAUGUAGUAACAUGGAAUUUGCUGAUUUCUAGUUAUGUGGAGUACGGGCAGGUUGAGAAGGCACUAUAUAUCUGCCGGUUAAUGAGAUCAGAAACCAUGAGAUUUGACUGUGUAACUUUAGCAUCCAUACUGGUUGCUGCCGCCAACACGAGGAAUAUAAAGCUAGGUAAAGAAUGUCACUGUUAUUGUAUUAGAAGCCACUUUCAAUCUGAUGUGGUUGUUGCUAGUAGCAUUGUAGACGUGUAUGCAAAAUGUGGGAGAAUUGAAAGUGCCAGACAAGUAUUUGAUUCCACCUCCAAAAAAGAUCUUGUAUUAUGGAAUACCAUACUGGCUGCUUAUGCAGAGAUUGGUUUUAGCAGUGAGGCCAUGAAGUUGUUUUACAGGAUGCAGUUAGAAAGUGUGCUACCGAAUGUGAUAUCAUGGAAUUCUUUGAUUUUAGGAUUUAUUAGGAAUUUUCAGUUUAAUGAAGCUAAAGAUAUAUUCUCAGAAAUGCAAUCCCUUGCUGUCCUCCCCAACCUUGUAACUUGGACAACAAUAAUCUCUGGUCUAACUCAAAAUGGUUUUGGCAAAGAGGCACUUCAUAUUUUCCAAAAGAUGCAAGAUUCUGGGGUAAGAGCAAAUACCAUUUGCAUCACUAGUGCAAUCUCAGCUUGCACAGAGGUAACGUGUUUACAUUAUGGAAGAGCCAUUCAUGGAUAUGCCACAAGAAAUGGCCUUUCUUCACAAACUGCAGUUGCAACUUCUCUAGUGGAGAUGUAUGCUAAAUGUGGAUACUUAAAUCAAGCAAGAAGGGCAUUUGAUAUGAUUUUAAACAAGGAAUUACCUGCUUAUAAUGCAAUGAUCUCGAGUCAUGCUUUACAUGGUCAAGCUAGAGAAGCACUUUCUCUUUACAAUUGUUUAUGGGAGGCUAGCACAAAACCAGAUGCCAUAACCUUUACUAGUGUGCUAUCUGCAUGCAGCCAUGCUGGGAUGAUAAGUGAAGGUCUGCAGGUUUUUGCUGAUAUGGUCUCUAUACAUCAUUUCAAGCCAAACAUGGAGCAUUAUGGAUGUGUGGUUACUCUUCUUUCUCGGUGUGGUAGUUUGGAUGAAGCUGUUAGGCUUAUUUUGACAAUGCCAUUUGAACCAGACGCACAUAUCAUUGGAUCACUGCUUGCUGCUUGCAGAGAACAAAAUGAAAUUGAACUUGGGGAACACUUAUCUAAACAUUUGCUAGAACUUGAGCCAGAUAAUUCAGGAAACUAUGUGGCAGUUUCAAAUGCAUAUGCCACUGCAGGAAAAUGGGAUGAAGUGUCAAGAAUAAGGGAUGUGAUGAAAGAUAAGGGCCUAAGGAAGAACCCUGGAUGUAGUUGGAUUCAAAUUGGGGGUGAACUUCAUGUGUUUGUUGCGGGUGAUGGAUCACACCAAAAAACUGAGGAAAUAUAUAUCAUUGCAUCUGAAACUGAGCCAGUUAGGUGGACAACUCCACUUGGACUUCCUGUCGUGCAACCAUACCAGCAAUUAGGAAGGCAUCUUUUUUUAACACUGCAACGUGAAACUGGAAAGAUCAUGGUCAAGAGACAGAGGACGGCUUUUCCACCUAAUUUUGUUCACUCCCUUGAUGGUUCUCACAUGAUGAUUACUGCAGUUGCCUGUAAUGAGGCAGGCUUAGCCUUUGCUGGUAUUUCUGAUGCAUUCUGGCCAUUCGCACAAUGAUGAGAAGAAGUAAAAAUUUAUGAUGCAUUCUGGUCAUUCGCAAUGUUUUCUGUAAAGUAUUUGUUGUGAGAAAAGCCAGAUUCUGUUCUAGGUUACUGUCUGAUUGUAUGUUUUUUUCUGAUGAAUGUAAAGAAUAAGUUUUAGAUAAAUGA